UUUCUACCCGACUAUUUUGUCCCAUUAGAGUUACUUGAUUACCAAGGAAACAACAGUGUCUGUAAAACGCAUGCUUGAGAUGAAAUAAGCGACAUAUGUGAAGAAAACAAGGAAAUGAUGUCAUUAGGCUCCUCCCUCGUUUUACCUGAACAGAGGGGUAGGGCCAGACAGAAGCCGUCUGUACAGACAGGAAAAAAACAAGGAACAGUUCACAACCUGUUUGUCUUUGACAGAAAACUUUUUUAUGUGAAAAAGAGAAUCCAGAUUGCACAGGAUCUUAUUAAACAGCCUGAAAAAUGGACGUCCCAGAGAAUUCCCCAGGGAUUAUGGGGCUUCUGAAAACUUUUGAUGCUUCAGAGUUUGGGAGUUGGGAAAAGAUUGGCUCCGGCGGCUUUGGACAGGUGUACAAAGUACGACAUAUGCAGUGGAAAACAUGGCUGGCGAUCAAGUGCCCUCCUAGUCUUCAUUCAGAUGACAAGGAGCGUGCUGAACUCUUGGAGGAGGCCAAGAAGAUGGAGGCAGCUAAGUUCCGCUACAUUCUCCCUGUAUACGGCAUUUGCAGCGACCCACAGGGAUUGGUGAUGGAAUACAUGGAGACAGGCUCUCUGGAAACUCUACUGGCCUCAGAGCCACUGCCCUGGGAGCUACGUUUCCGUAUCAUACACGAGACGGCGGUUGGGAUGAACUUCCUGCAUUGCAUGAACCCACCCCUACUUCAUCUUGACCUUAAACCUGCUAACAUCCUGCUGGACGCGCACUACCACAUCAAGAUUUCUGACUUUGGCCUAGCAAGGUGGAACGGCUUUGUCAGGAAUGACGAUAUUAGCCGUGAUGGGUUUUGUGGCACCAUCGCCUACCUCCCUCCAGAGAGGAUCAUAGAAAAAGACAGAAUCUCUGACAUUAAACACGAUGUGUACAGUUUUUCGAUUGUUAUCUGGGGAAUUCUCACACAGAAGAAGCCAUAUCAAGGAGAGAAUAACAUCCUGCACAUAAUGGUGAAGGUGGUGAAGGGUGUUCGUCCAGACCUCAGCGUCAUUCCCCGCAGUCGUCCCCAGGCCUGCUCAGGGUUCCUGUCCCUUAUGCAGAAGUGCUGGGCACAUUCCCCUGAAGCCAGACCCAGUUUUCAAGAGAUCACUUCAGAAGCUGAGGAGCUGUGCACCAAACCUCACGAUGAAUCCAGAGCUUCCAUUUCUUCAGAACUAGAAUGUUCCCCCUGCCCUGCUCCAGCCUCCAGUGAACAGACUAACAACCAAAAACCAGUGAGGCCAAAGUCAGCCAUGUUACCUGAGAAAGACUGCAGCCUCUCUGAGUUGCUGUGUCAGAUGGACCCCGGCUUCUCACGCAGUUUUAGCAAUGUCAAAGAGGAGUCCCUUGAGAGCAAAGACAACACCAGCAAGAGACUGUCAGGCAUCUCCUCUGUGGACUCAGCUUUCUCGUCCCAAGGCUCUAUUACAUUGUCCUUUGAGAAGGAAAAUGCUGUGAAUGAAUCCAGUGAGUUUCAAAAGAAGAAGCUUUGUGAAGCCAUUCGCACUGAGGACAUCGCCAAGCUGAUGAAGAUCCUCCAGCCGCAAGAUGUUGACUUGCUCUUGGACGGUGGCAGCAACCUGCUUCACUUCGCCGUGAGUCUGGCCAAUGAGGAAGCAGUUAAGUUUCUGCUGCUUAGCAACUGCAACCCUAAUUUGCCCAAUACUCAUGGAGCCACGCCCCUCCACCUGGCUGCCGAAAAGCGGCUGAAGGGAGUGUCCGAGAUUCUCCUGAGCCGCAAGACGACAAAUGUCAACGCGAAGGACGAGGACCAGUACACACCUCUGCACUUCGCAGCCCAGAACGGCGACGAGGCCCUGACACGUUUACUCCUAGACCGUUCUGCUUCCAUUAACGAAACAGACGCUCAGGGACGCACGCCGACGCAUAUUGCCUGCCACCACGGACAGGAGAACGUGGUGAGGGUCUUGCUGAGUCGAGGAGCUGAUGUCCAUGUCAAAGGCAAAGACGACUGGACGGCACUACACCUGGCUGCCUGGCAAGGCCAUUUGGGAAUCGUGAAGCUCCUGGUGAAGCAGGCAGGUGCCGAUGUUGAUGGUCAGACAUCGGAUGGGCGCACUCCGCUCCAUCUGGCGUCUCAAAGAGGCCAGUACCGGGUGGCACGGAUCUUGGUGGAGCUCGGCGCUAAUGUGCAUCUGACCUCCGACGGCCUCCACAGUCCGCUUCACGUGGCUGCGGAAACGGGCCACACCAGCACUUCAAGGCUGCUUGUAAAACACGGCGCUGAUAUUCACGCCCGGACGGCCAACGGCUGCACCGCCUUGCACCUAGCCGCCCAGAAAGGCCACCUGCCGACAGUUAAAAUGCUUCUGGUGGAGGGUGCUGACCCUGAGAGCUCCAACCAUGGCCUUCGCACGGCAUGUCACCUGGCUGCCGAGAAUGGCUACUGCGAGGUCCUGAAAGAGCUUCUGCAGAGCUUCCCGGACAUUGCUAAUACUCAAGACAGAAAUGGACUCACUCCACUUCACCUGGCUGUACGUGGUGGCUACAAAGAUGCCAUCUGUGUCCUCCUCGAACGUGGUGCCGACGCAGCACCGCUGUCUCCACAGCCCGCUAGAGAGAGCUCGUUUGACUACACUUCGGAAUCGGAGCCAGAGAGUCCGAAUCCUCUCACCCCGACAAAACUCGAGAGGAAAGUGGUCAUUCUGAAACUCACCAGCCACAAAAAUACUGACGGCACAUCGAUCCCUGUAGACUCGCUGUGUGAAUCGGCACCUUGUUGAGGGUCCUACUGGGGCUUUGGCCUCAUGGACUCCAGGAACUUUUGCCAAUAUGCUCACAGACACUUUCUCCCUCUUUUUAUCCCUCCUACUUUAUAAAGACUGACAGAUGCUUUAAAAUAGGGACUCUUGUUAUCCAUUGGGAUUUAAUGUACAUAUUGUAAUUACUCAGUUAUCGGAAUAUUGACAGGUAUUUUCUCCAGGGUUUGGUCUCUUGUUGGCUUUCCUCCUUAAUAAUAGAGUUAUUUUGUGAUUGGAAAUGCAUUUAUAUAUGUAUAUAUCAGUACUGUAGAUAGAGCCUGGAUUUUGUACUUCCUUCCAUGGAGUCCACUUCCUGUCAUUUCCAUGCCAUUGUUUAUCCAUUCCUGUUUUUGUUGUAUGUCUUUGAUUUCACUGUUUUCUUCUUCUACUUGUUACCUGUGGACUGUGGUGGUUGAUGCAAUGCAAGCAAUGCUUUCUCCAGCCCUAAAAUUGUUUUGAAAUAUUAUAGAAAUGUCUUUUGUAGCAUAUUAGAAUAAGCUCACCAUAUAUCAACUUAAUAUUGCACUUCAAAUCUUGAAAUGGCAAUGUUGCGAGACCAAUUAUAUCAUUAAAAUGGUUCACUAAAAUAGAGCUGUGCAUUUACAGAGCCAUUUCGCUUGUAUCAUGGGAACGGGCCCUCAGGGGGAUCACAGGUGUGGGUAGACCGUAUGGGGGGAGGACUCUAUCCCAUGUACCCUCAUGCUCAGACUAUUGGCUCAUUCCUGAGACCACUUUAUCUUUUCAUCACUCUGUAAAACCACUGCGCCGUGCCCUGCAUUAUGCCAAGGGGGGGCGUAGCCGUCAUUAUCUUUCACUGUCUGGAACAGACAGCCUGUUAAUUGCUAGGUCUUUAAUCUGCUGUUGAACUCUGUGCUUCUGUGUUGAUGUUGAUAGUAUCCAUGCAUCUGCAUUUGCAUCUGUAUAAACUAAAUCUUCCAUAGCAAACUCUGUAUUCCACUGUCAACACCUCCUGCAGGUUUCACCUUGACUUCUGUAAUUAGUUGAUAAAGCUGCCUUGUCAUUUCCCCUUUGUACACAAAAAGGUAUUUCUCAGUUAUUCAUAGUGUUUGCACAGUUUUAUAUUUGCACACUUUUAUAUUUGAUGAAAAAUUAAAGUGCAUAACAUGUAUGUAAAGUA